AUGGUUCAUUUGCUUAUUAUUGGUGGUGGGAUUGCAGGGUUAACUUGUGCAGAAUCAUACAGUUAUUUAAAACCAAAUGAUAAAGUAACAAUUUUAUCAUGCUCACCAAUUUUAAAGACAGUUUGUAAUGUUCAAAAAAUUAGUAAAGUUUUAGAAUCAUUUGAUGUAUUUGAAUCUAAAUUUACCGAUGUGGAAUUUAAUAGUCCAAAUAUCAAUGUUGUUGUAUGUGAUGUUGAUUCCGUUGAUGUAGAGAAUAAAAUAGUAAAAACAGAUAAGGGUGGAUUCUCUUUUGACUAUUUAUCAAUUUGCUCAGGAGCAAAACCAAAUGUAAUUAAAUCAUCAAAUAAUUUUAUAGGAAUAAGAGAUACAGAUUCAAUUUUAGAUUUAAAGGAUAGAUUAGAAAAUUCAAAAAGAAUAUUAAUAGUGGGUAAUGGCGGUAUAGCAUUGGAGUUAGUGCAUGAAAUUAAAGGUUGUGAAAUUGUAUGGUCAAUCAAAGAUAAACAUAUUGGUAAUGCAUUUUUCGAUAAAGACGCAUCCAACUUUCUAUUUAAAUCAAAACAAGAACAAAAAGAAAAGCAAGAUAGUAAUGAUAAUGACAGCGAAAUCAUGAUCAAGGAAAACAAUAACACAGGAACUAUUUCAAACUCAUCAGUUUAUAAAAAUGAAAGUGGCUCAGCAUUGGGGCCCCAAUGGUACAGUAAAUAUAAUUUUAACCAAAAUCAAAUGGUCGAUAGCGUAAACGCCAAUUUAAAUAUCGAGUACGAAACAAUAGUGACAGAAAUAUACGAUAACGACGACAGUAAAGAAUCAAAUAAUUUUAUAAAUCAACAAAACUUUAAAAACGAAAGCGAAAAGAAAUGGCCAAUUUAUGCAAAGUUAAAUAAUGGUAAUGUGUAUGGAUGUGAUUUUAUUAUAUCGGCAACUGGUGUAAUACCAAACUCCAAUGUAUUAUUAAAGAAUAGAAAACCGAGCGAGCAUGUUGCCCUAUCAAAAGAGAAUGCUUUGGUGGUCAGCGAGCAAAUGGAAACCUCAAUUAAAGAUAUCUAUGCAGCAGGUGAUGUAUGUAGUGUCGAAUGGAAUGACUCAAAGGUGUGGUUCCAAAUGAGAUUAUGGAGUCAAGCACGUAUUAUGGGCCGAUAUGCAGCCCAAUGUAUAGCGAAACAAUCCGUCAAAGGUACCAAGGAUGAAGAUAACCUGGAAGAGAUUUGCACAAGUUUUGAAUUUGAAUUGUUUGCACAUGCAACUAAAUUUUUUGGUUUCAAAGUAAUAAUGCUAGGAUUAUACAAUGGUCAAGGUUUAGAUUUGUCAAAUCAAGAACAAUAUCAAAUCUAUACAAGAGAGAUUUUGGGUGAACAAUAUGUCAAAGUGAUUUUAGAAAAUGGUAAACUAAUUGGUUCGUUAUUAAUUGGCAAUACAGAUUUAGAGGAAACUUUCGAAAACUUAAUUUUAAAUCAUAUUGAUUUAUCAAGAUAUGGACCAGAAAUUUUAAACCCAGAAAUCGAUAUUGAAGAUUAUUUUGAUUAA